AUGCGCCAGCCCAAGAUGGCCGCACCGGAACCCUCGACCUCCAUCACGUAUACACAGGGUGGAGCAGUCUUCAAAGAUAUCUCAGCGAAUCGCGACAUCAUCAUAAACCAUAUCAGCGAGAUCCGACCGUUGGCCGAUGAGUUAAAUGCAUCUUUCUUCGGUUCAUCAGAUGUGUUUAAAAGCGUCCAAGAGGAGCUGUCUCUGCUCAUCUCUCUCCUUGUUGUCACGACAAGAAGAUAUCAUGAAUUUAACUUGGAUGAUGAAAAUCUCAUAGAGCUUGGGAACGAGCUGCAAAAAUGCAACCAGACCUUGAAAGAGCUCCACGACUUGAAACAAUACUAUGAUGAUUUACCCUCGCGAUCUAAAAUUCCUUGGGAACGCAUGAAGCUGGGGGCGAGCCCCCUGGUUGAGAUACGAGCGAGAAUUGCAGCAUCCCGGCAAAUCAUCACUGUGCUCAACACCGACAUGAUUGCAUCUUCGCAGGCAAAUGUGGAGCGGUUGCUGAAGAAAUUCAUCCAGGAACAACAGAAUGAAUUAACAGAAGGUUCUGUCAUCUCCAGUCUCUCUUCAGGGUCUCUUUCCCUGGAUGACAAGGAAACUUGGAGGCGGAUCCGCAAAGAGCUUCAAGGGGUGGGUAUGACCCCGGAAGCUUUUGACAAAAAUCGCGCUUUUAUUCUCGACACCCUCGCGGAGACGUUCAUUGAAAGGCACACCGUGGAGGAUAUCGAUGGUGAUGGGCGACAGUCGACAAGGGGCUCUAUAUUUUCAGAGGCUUCUGUUAUUCCACUCCACACGGGCGCAUACAAUCCCGUAGAAGGCACCUUGCUGCAAGACAGAAAGGGUGAAAUAUCAAAAGCAAGACCGAAAGCGAAACCCAACCGAGCCAGUCAAUUUUCCAGGCUAGUCUAUCGACUUACAAGCAGCCGGGAUGAGUUCUUGGAAGCUGUGCAGACUGGAGACUUAUCUUUGGUAAUACGCUGCUUAGAGAGGGGCGUCGACAUUGACUCUCAAAUCUCACGAGGGAAGACAGCAUUGGUCAUCGCGGCAGAAAAUGGAUUUGAGGAGAUAGUGGAAACGCUUCUCGCGCAGGGCAUCAGCAUUCUUCGAAGAGAAAAUGGGUACCGGGCUCUCGCGGCUGCCGCGUCAAAUGGGAAUGAGAGAGUGGUACAGAUGCUACUUCGUGCGGGUGUACCCACCCACCAGACAACCCACGAGGACCCUCCAGGGCUCCCGAUUGUCCAGGCAGUACGGUCGAACCACAGCCAGGUGCUUCGGCUGUUACUGAACCAUGGUGCGGGGAUAAACCAUGCGAGUUUUAGUGGCUUAACAGCCUUGAUGUGGGCUUCAAUGCUCGGAUAUGAGGACCCGAGUCGAAUCUUACUCGAAACAGGUGCCAAAGUUGACCUCCACGCGACCAGAGACGGUUUUGCUGUCGUACCGGGAACUGGAACUACAUUUAAUUAUCAAGAGGGUCAAACGGCCCUCCUACUGGCCACUCAAAGACGCCACGAAGCUAUAGUGGCUUUACUGUUGAGCUAUGGUGCCGAUGUACUUUGGACAACCUCUCUCUCGCGCACCGCCUUACACGAGGCAUUGAUCAGGCCAGUUGGAGGAGAGAAUGAUUGUGCAAAGCAGCUAGAAGUGGUCAAGAUUCUGUUUCAAUAUGGCGCGAAUACCGCAGUGAAUUGGACCGACAAAUCUGAAAGGACACCCUUGCUCUAUGCAGUCCGAGAAAGCACACCGGACAUGGUGAAACUACUUCUCGACAAUGGUGCCGAUGUCAACCAUGAGACUACAACUAGCAUGCGGCCUCUCCUGCGAGCGGCUAGUUUCGGUAGCACGGCUAUCGUCGACAUCUUGCUCCAUGCUGGAGCUGAGGUCAAUGCCAAAAAUGCCCACGGAGAGACAGCGCUCUGGGACGCCGUACGCUGUGACAAUAUUUCGGUGGCGAAGUUGCUGUUGCAGCACGGAGCCGAGGCAAAUGUCCAUAAUAACUACGGAGAGACGGUGCUUCUAGAAGCAGUCAAGGAAGAGCUCGAGGAGAUGGCCUUGAUGCUGAUCCAACACGGGACAGAUCCCAACCUGCGCGACAAGGACGGGGUGGUCCCACUUUUGCAUGCGGUCGGGCAAGACAAUUGUCCUAUGACCAAGAUACUUGUGCAAAACGGCGCCGAUAUCAAUAUCCAAGGCCACCAUGGGGAGUCGGCGCUCUUUUUCGCAGUGCGCACAAACUCCAUUGCUAUGGCAGAGCUGCUUCUCGAAAUGGGAGCCGAUCCCAAUUUGAGGAAUAGCAAGGGAGAGACACCUCUGUUGGAUGGUCUGGAUCAAUUAGAUCAUGCCGCCAUGGUCGAGUUGCUUCUGCGCAAAGGGGCUGACCCCAACUCCAAGAGCAGUCAUGGAGAGCCGGCCAUCUUUGUGGCUCUCCGAUGCUUCUCCGAGCUUCAUCCUGUUCCCUCUCAAUCCAAAAUCGAUCUACUCUUAAAAUAUGGUGCUGGACCGAACUCCCUGAGCCCUACUGGGGAGACAAUACUCAAUGAAGCAAUCAAGAAGAAAAAGGCCGACGUUGUACGUACACUCUUGGACUCGGGGGCCUCGGUCCAUUGGCCAAACAAAAGAGAGCAGACGCCGCUCUCGAUGGUGGAACAGAUGCUGCAAGGCCAACAUCGGAAGGAAGAAGAUCUUUAUCUACCCGGAGGUCGCCGAAGUGACAAAGAUCUGGAUCAGAUCAACAUUUUCCUUGAAGCAUACCGCACACCGAUACGAACCGUCAAAGUGGAGGAAUGA